UGUUUGCUAAUUUACAAUGAAAGAAGAAUGCCUUUAUUAAUUUAUUACAAAAUACGGGUAAAAAACAAAAACAAAAUGUCUAGAUUUUCACAAACUCCGCGCCGACUUAGCUGCCUCCUUUAAGCGUCUGUUGCUCGUCGUCAUCAGUGGAAUCGCAUAUUGAAAUCAAUGGCCAGGGCUUCCGCUGCCGGCACUACCGUCCUAGUUUGAUUCUCCGUUGCCGAACUCGUAGGUUUCAGAAUUCAAAUCGAGCUGGAAAGGAACGAUGCCUCGGUAUUACUGUGACUACUGCGAUACUUACUUGACGCACGAUUCACCAUCUGUUAGAAAGCAGCACAAUGCGGGCUACAAGCACAAGGCGAAUGUAAGAAUCUACUACCAGCAGUUUGAGGAGCAGCAAACCCAGAGUUUAAUUGACCAGCGGAUUAAGGAACAUCUUGGGCAAACUGCAGCAUUCCAGGUUGGAGGUGCAUACAAUCAGCAUCUCAUGGCUCAAAGGCCGCGUCUUCCCAUUUUGCCCACACCUAUGAUGCCAAUUCCUGGGAACCCUAAUCUACCUCCCGGCGCACAACUAAUGCCUGGAAUGAGGCCUCCGCUUUUGCCUAGACCUGGCAUGCCACCUCCUGGUGCUCCAGGUUACAUGCCUGUUCCAGGGAUGCCUCCAAUGAUGGCACCACCAGGUGCUCCUUCCUUUCCUGGUCAAGUAAAUGGUGCACCAAGGCCACCUCCCCCAGGUAUGGUUCCAGCAAGUGUUCCUGGGAGUACUACGCCCAUGCCAACUGCUCCAGGUCCACCACCCUCAAUGGCUCCACCUCCCAAUUAUCAGCCGCAUACCCAAGCACCCUCAAGCGGGGGUUUUGAUAGCUACAACAAUGUUAAUCCACCAGCUCCUGAAGCAAAUCAUUAGUCUCUUAUCACAUGAUGAAACACAUCUGCGCAUUGACGCACCUUGUGCGACAAUAGAAGAAUCUAAGUAUCAGCUUUGCUCCAUGAAAUGUCUGGGAGAAAUUGACCGAUGCUCUUAUCUUACAAAGUCACACUGAUUAGUAUUUGUCAUUUUUUCUUGGGAAACUAGUUGGCUGGAACAUCAGGCUGCACUAUGUGUCCCUGUAUUGGCAAGUGAAAUGAGAAUUUGUUCUGCAAGUUUUGCUGUUUUAAAAACUUAGAAUGUGUGGUCUUAAAUCUUAACUUUAGUUUCUAUUACCGGGGUUCUCUGAUUUAGUUUUUACCGGAAGCAC